GUAGCACGUAGAUGGACAAGGACUCGUCUCUCAUCAUACCAGUUGCUAUUUGUACCAAAAUCUAUCUCGUUAAGCAAGGAUGAUGGAUACUGCGAUCACUUUCGAGACCACAACUGAUAGCGCUUCAUAUCCCCAACGGUACCUCAAAUCCUGCGAUGCGUGCCGCACGGGAAAGGUUCGAUGCCUGCCGGAUGCAAGCAGUAUUACUGGUGCCUGCUAUCGCUGCGAAAAAUCCAAUCGGUCAUGCACCUUCUCGCCGGUUAAAAAACGCAAGUCGCGCAAGGGAACACAAUAUCGAAUUGCUGAAUUGGAGCGCGAAAUUCUAGCGAUGCGACAAUCGUGGAACGUGAAUGAGAAGUCUACUACUUCAUCCCCCCAAAGUAGUAUGGAACAAGCAAACGUUCCCACCCAAAAUACUUUUGCGGUUUCUGUUGAUAACAAAACGGCGUUUGAGCAUACGCGGGUGUCAAAUUCUGGGCAUGAAGUGAAGGCUGAGCAAUUCAGCUCAUUGGGGCCGGAUGUUGUCGAUCGGGGAAUUCUGUGUGAGGAAGAAGCGGAUGCUCUUGUGAUUGCAUACCGUACGCACAUGAGUCAUACCUACUCUGGGGUGAUGAUAUCACAGGAUGUUUCAAGUUCAAGCAUGAGACGAUCCACGCCUGUCUUAUGGCUAGCGGUUGUCGCGGCCGCAGCGCAAGAGCGAGCCCCUGAGCUCUGGGCAAAACUUAACCAGGAACUCAGGCAGAUCCUGGCCUCAUUCGUAUUUGUGGACGGUAGUAUGUCUCCGGAGCUGAUCCAAGCAACAUUUAUUACUCUCAUCUUCUAUAAUCCACCGACUCAAUUCUCCAAGCAUCUAUUCUUUCAGUUGGCAGACCUUGCUGCAAGCAUGGUAAUAGGCCUCGGAUUCGCAUCCAAAGAGCCCCCUGCUGUUCAUGGCCUUGAAUAUAGUGUGCUGUCCGAUAACGGUGCAACCUGUUUAUUCGAGAAGAGUAGGUGCUUGCUGGCAGCUUACAUAUACAGCACGGGACUUUCAAUAAGAUCCAGACGCACAAGUGUUCUUCCUUAUAGCAAGUGGAUUGAUGAAGUGAUUCGUUUUCUGGAGAAAUCCGAGAAAUUGAGCGAUAAGCGGUUGUCCAAAUGGGCCCAACUAGCUCACAUCGCCGAGGACACGGCUGAUUGUCUUGGCUUCAAAGACGCGAGUGUCUCGAUCGUCAUACCUGCAACUCGUCUAUCUCCUAUACUGGGCAAUUUCGAAAAGAAAAUGAAGGAAUGGUAUGUAAAUUUGGACGUUGGAGUUAGAAACGACGCUUUAAAGCUUGAUUAUCACUCAACUUUGAUGACUUUUCACGAGUUAGUGUUGGCUGGGGGGAAGCACGAUGCGGCCGAUUUCAAGAAGUCUCAUUUCACCUUUCCCGAGAUAACACUGGACGACGGCGUUCGGGACGAUUUGUACACGGCGCCAUCCUUCGCCAUAAUUUCAAUUCUAGAGUGUAUCUCGUCCGCUCACGACAGCCUCAAAAUAGUUACUGAUAUGAGUAUUGACCAGUUAAGGCGAGCGCCAAACGUGCAAUUGUUCCGUGCCUUCUACGCUCUAAUUAUUCUGCUUAGGGUGUGGCUUUAUGUCUUUAAGCACAAUCUUGAGGACCAGAUACAACCGCAGAAUCUUCAGCUUGAUUUUUUUAUCGAUACACUUUCCAUGAGGCUGAUGACUGCUUCGGAUUUGGGAAAGUAUAAAAUCCCAGCCAUGUGGAGUAGCAUGCUGGAGAAGAGAGCGAAGCGGUGUUACUGUCAGUUGCGAGAUUGUCUGACUGUUCAUCUAUCAGGGCGUAUGUCAAAUAAUUCAGAUAUGAACUCGAGGGCAGCACAAAUAGCUGGAAAAAAGGCAAACGAAGCAUCCUAUUCGAGUACAGGGCAGCCUUGGACACUAGAUGCGCAAUGGUCAGAGCUGAGCUCGACUAAAAACUACCCUUCGCCUUGCGAAGAAGGAUAUGAAACGCAAAGAUCUCAGGCAAGCUCUGCUCCGUCUGAUCCAACUUCGGCCUUUAUGCUAUCAAACGCAAUGUCCGUUCCUGAACUCAACUAUUCAUUUCCUUUAGAACCACUGGGAUUUGCCGAUUUUGAGUUGGAAGACAUCGAUAAUCUCAUCCAUCAGCUUAUGCCAUAAUUCCCGAAGAUUCCGUGUUUAAAACCACAUGUUAAGAUGCCAGUUAGUAAUAUCAGUUGUUGCAGAAUCUGGGAACUGUAAUCAUCAUGUGACGUUUUGCCUCUGAUUUAUUACUUUCAUGUAUUUUCUCACCAUUCUCUUGUUAG